GCCCAGCUCGGGAGCGUGGCUGUCCUUCCAGCUUCCAGUGGAAAUUUCCACUCUCACCCUGACAGCUGGUGGGAGACUCGGUGCCUCGGAGCGAGAGACAGACAGAGAUCCCGCAAUGGGAGGGGGGGUGGCAGUUCCGAGUUACAGGCCACACGGGGUUGUCAGGGAUCGGGGCAUCCUCCUGCGACAGGGAUUUGCCGAGCACCUCACCUACGGAGUGCUGGCCCCUCUUCCAGGUGCCAGGGACGCAGGAGAGGAGGGUCUCCAGCCUCGGGGAGCUGGUCUCCUCGUGGGGAGAAGAGACCUACGUGAAUACUGUGCAUCCAAGGAUGCAGGAUUUGGUGGCAGCAGUGGGAUCCAAAGUGAACUUCUACAGCAUUCAGGGACAGUGAGAAGCACAGACUCGCUGCUCUGGGAACCCUCUCAGCAGAAGCCUGUGGCCUGGCAGGGGUCUGAGGGCCACUCGGAUAGCGUUCACUGAGGCUGCGGAGAGGCGGGCUCUGGCUUUGGAAAGCUUCUCCGGAGACUGACCAGAAGGAACAAGGCUCCUGCAUCCCUGCCCCUCCCCCCUGCAAAGCCCACUUGCCCCCGGUAGGAUUUGGUGCCCAAGGACAGGGAUGGUGUUGCUCACGACCAUGCUGGGAGAAGGCUGGGCCUUUCCAGCUCUGGGCCGGAGCCCCUCCACUGACGCUGCUGCAUUUUGAGCUCUUCGAGCCUUAUAACUAAGCUUUAAGAAUCUGAAUGCGUGUAUAAAACAAGCCAGAAGAAAAUCUGCCCUGGGCCCCUUCAGUGCAGAAUACCAGCUUCUGCUGGCAGAGGUCUCAGCCACAGGACCUUUAGGACCUUGUUUGACCUGGACCAAGAGGCAGGAGGCAGAUGGCAAGAGACUGAAGCGCCAGCAAUGUUUCUGGGGCCUUGAAGUUCAGCUCAGUGUGGGGAAUCCUCAGUGGUCAAGACAUGGUUCCCGACCUCAGGGGUCUGCAAUCUCACCAGGUAGAGAAGACCCAGAACCGCAGUCUUGGAUCUGAAAGGGAGAUUCCGGGGCACCUAAUCCUACCUCCCGCCCAAAGGGGAAAGCUCCUUUUAAGGAGCCCAGCUUUCCUCUUUUUCUUCUUCCUCAAUGAAUCACAUCUAAUCGUGACUCACACAAACUGAAUGAACAGUAAGGUGGCCAGACAGCUAGCGGAGCCGCGGUCCGGACGGCAGCGCGUGCCCCGAGCUCUCCGCCGCCCCCCGCCCGCCAGCCCGAGGCCCCCCGAGCCCAGCCCGCGGCCCCAGCAGCAGCGCCGAGAGCGGCCCCAGCAGCAGCGCCAUGGCCGGGUGGAACGCCUACAUCGACAACCUCAUGGCGGACGGGACCUGUCAGGACGCGGCCAUCGUGGGCUAUAAGGACUCGCCCUCCGUCUGGGCCGCCGUCCGCAGGAAAGCCUUCGUCAACAUCACGCCAGCUGAGGUUGGCGUCCUGGUUGGCAAAGACCGGUCAAGUUUUUUCGUGAUCGGGCUGACACUUGGGGGCCAGAAAUGUUCUGUUAUCCGGGACUCACUGCCGCGGGAUGGGGAAUUUACCAUGGAUCUUCGUACCAAGAGCACCGGGGGAGCCCCCACUUUCAACAUCACUGUCACCAUGACUGCCAAGACGCUAGUCCUGCUGAUGGGCAAAGAAGGUGUCCACGGUGGUAUGAUCAACAAGAAAUGCUAUGAAACGGCCUCCCACCGGCGGCGUUCCCAGGACUGACCUCGACCGUCCCUCCCCACCACUCCCCACGGCUUUUGCACCCCUCUCCUUCCCAGACACACACAUACACCAUUUUUAUUUUUUGGGCCAUUACCCCACACCCCUUUUUGCUGCCAAAACCACAUGGGCUGGGGUUUGGAGCUGGAUGGACAGACACCUCCCCCUACCCAAACCCCUCCUGUGUGUGGUUGGAAAACUUUUUUGGGGGGGGGGGUUGUUUUUUGUUUUUUCUGAAUAAAAAAGAUUCUACUAAAAAAAACAAAAAACAAAAAACAGUAAGGUGGCCAAACCAUUAUCUGAGAGGACAGACUUACUAGGAGCGCUAAAACAUCACUGGAAAUCAGAACUUUCCACUGGGCGAAUAAUCCACACAGUAGAAAGGGCCACCUUCAUAAAGGACUGUGGGUGGCAGGUGACACCUCUCUUCCCCAGCAUCACCGGAGAUGGUCGGCGGCUGCCUUUCUGAGAAGGGUGGCCCUGGCUGAGUCUGGGGCACCAGGCGGGCGUUGUUUGGAACAAGAGAUGUGAGUGGCCGGAGCAGCCCCCUCCACACACGGGGCCUGGAGUCAGACUGUGUGCUUAGACCCUCGCCAGCUCCGAAU